CCAAAAAUACAAAUAUUUCCUCUUUAUAAUACUCUAAAAAUAUUUAAUGUAUUACAACUAAGCUAUCUCUAGUUGUAAUAUGAUAUCAACAAAAGUGAACAGUAAUAAAUGGUUAAGCGAAGAAACUUCAGAGGAACAAGAACUAUUCAAACACUCUCGAGAGAUGGAGGCUGUUUGUUUUGCGAUCACCAAAGUGAUAUCAGAAUGUGACAAUAAAUGGAGGUCAACCCCUGGGGGUACUAUACCUCAUACAUUAAAUCGUAGCUAUAUUAUGGAAUUAGUCAAUUUACAGGUGCUAGAACAAAUAAUUGAAUAUCUAACGAAAUUAGUUAAAUCGUUCUACAAAUUAAAUCCAAAGUUGGCGAGAUUAAAAAAGGACAACGAUCUCUUAAUAAGCAAACACGAUCAUAUAUUUGACAGACUGUGUGGAUGUCGGUUUACAUUGUUGCAAUCAAUUUAUAGUCUUAUUGCAACGAUAUUAAAUACCUGCCUCCAUAGAGAAGACUCACGAAAACUGCUCGAAUCAUGUUUACGGUUAGUUGAAAUCUACAAUAACUUGUUGGGUUUAAGUUAUAAAAAGUUUACAUCUAAGUUCAGUUCGUGCAGUAACACUUAUCCUCAAGCAGUGAGCGCUACCAAACCGAUAACGUUAACUAAAAUUGUUCAGUUCUUGUCAAAAAGUCGCGCAGAAGUGAACUGUCAUCGUUUGAUAAACUGUUUAGUUAAAUUGUAUAGUCCAGGAGUUGAUGAUGUCGAAUCUAGUUCCAGCUCAGCUGAUAGCUUAGAGAUCUAUCAUACACUCACAAAGCAUAUAACACCGCCAACAUCUUCCGCGUCCCGUCAGCUGAGUGUCGCUGAAAAAAGAGAAGCUUUUAUAGACAGUAAAAAAUCUAAGAUGAAACAAGUACAGAGCAUGAUAGAGAAGAUAAAUGGGAAACAGAAACUUAGCGAUGUUAUCAGUCAACAUUCUGACGGCGAUGUUCCUUAUACCUCGCUGUUAACUAAUGAAUGUGUUUUGGAUACUGUUUUGAAAAAUGAAGAAAACGUAAACAGUAUUCUACAAAGUGAAGAGAUUUACAUAGAAAUAUUACUAGAUACUGUUGCUAAUAUUGCUCCAGCACUGCUCGGACCUAACGGCGUGAAAAAACUUAAAACAGGUCGAAUACAAGUAAGUAAGAAAGCUGCUCACAAAGUAACGGAAUAUUAUCAAAACAUUUUAUGGGGUGAUGUCGGCAGUUGCUUGGAACAUAUAAUUCUCUGGUGGUCCACACUACCUUUAGGGACGAGAUCGCCAAAUACUAGUCAAAAUCUUCGACAAUGGUUAUUCACAACGUUCAAUGUUAAUAAUACUCCGGAGUUAAUUCUAUCAGCUUUAAGGAUAUUGGCUGAUGCGUUAGGAUGUCAUGUUACAACAACUUCUUGGGAUAGACAUUUUGGAGCAACAUUUACAACGAAUCUGAAACCAACAACUUUGAAAACGUAUCCUGAAUUGUCAGUUUAUAUUACUGAGAGUACAGUAUCGGGUGCGACCUUUGCGUUAAUGCUUCAACAGUUGGUAAUUCUGAACAACCAGUGCGAGGUGACUUGGGAUCAUAUUUUGGGGGCGCCCAUUGAAGAUUUACCUAUCGUAGAACAAAUCCCCGUAUUACAUAGACUUGAUCACUCCAUCCAUACAUACCGACUGUGGUGCGUGUCGGAGACGCGGCGUCUCGCCAACUUGUGGCAGAUGGACGACUUCUUCCGCAUCACGCUCAAAGACAUGCAAGUCUGCUUGGAACAGCUCGCCAACUUACGAUUCGCUGAUCACACUGCCGCUAUUGAAGCAGAGAAUAUUGGUGUUCAUGAGAAAGUAAGUGCAAAUAUGCGGGAGAAGUUAGUUUCCGAAAUCAAAGUCAACAUACAGAAACUCAAAGACGCCAACGAAGAGAUUAUAGAAGUGUUGUCGUGUGUGUGCGCGACCACCAGCCUCGCGCAUCUCACCAUGAUAUUCCCCACCCACGCGGAGUGGCGCCGCGUCUCAGAACCUCUACCGGAGUUCUCUAUUUACGUACAGGACUUCUUAGACACAAUGUUGCUGCCUGUAAUAAAGGCGACUGAUGACGUCACUUCCCUCAACUUGAUAUUGAGAAUCAUGUGCGAAUCCUGGCUGCACCACAUAUACGCCGCUAAAGUUAAGUUCACUAAAGAGGCCGCUCUACAACUUCUGGCUGAUUUCGACGAAGUCCGCGUGUGGCUCAACCAAUGCAAACAAUUAUCACCAGUCUCUAGGAAACAAAUGUUGCAAAAUGAAGUUUUAAGCAGAUGUGAGGGCGUAGGCAGACUCCUGCUGCACGCGCCCGGAGACUUAAUAUCGAUGCAGGACUCCACAAUGCGGAAAGAUGCGAGCGGCGCGGAGCAGCUGAUGCCUGCGGAGAUGUACGUCCCCAACCAGAAGCAGUGGCUGACGCUGCGAGCCAACUGCAAAGGACCUGUCUCAUUUACUCUGUGUUGUUAAUAAAUAAACAUUGGACAAUUA